UUCCUGGCGACACCUCCACAUUCCACUGUUGCUUUGAGCUGUAGCAUGAGCUAGAACCCAAAAACCCUACCUAUUCCUCGCAGACGCCUGCUCUCGUUGCUAACCCGACCCGUUAUGGACGGGUCUGCAGCUGAGGCCAGUAUUCUGGAGCAACCCUCAUUCCGGGAGAAUCCCCAAAACUCAAAACCUGAUGAUGAUGCUUCAGCUCCAACCGCGGCUCCGGCUCCGGCUCCGGCUCCGCUCACCCCAGAAGAGUUAGUAGCUAAAGCCAGAGCUCCAGUUAAGAAAGAGUUCCUUCGCCCACCACCAAUCAGAACAUCCAACUCCACCACGUCCCAACCUCACGACGCCGCAACGGAGCCCAACUCCACUCCUCUUAUCAAAGAGAAAAAAUCCAAACGCCAGCUCAAACGUGAACGCCGCCAAGAAUUAAAAUCUGCAUUGCACUUGUGUCCGGAGGUUGCCAAGAGCGGGGAUGUGGGUUCUUGUUGUUACGGUGAAAAGUGCCGGUUUAGCCAUGAUGUGGAGGCGUUCAAUGCUCAGAAGCCGGCUGAUUUGAAGGGCAGUUGCCCCUUUUUGAAGAUUGAUCAAGGACUUUGUCAUUAUGGGCUGGCUUGUAGAUUCUCCGGCACUCAUAGAGCUAAUGGUGUUGUUGCUGCUGGGACUCUGAGGAAUGAAGUUAAUUCGUUGAAUAAGGAUGUCCAAAAGCUUCUCUGGAAGAAUAAGAUGAGGUUCCCCAAAGCUGACGCUACCCUAAAGCUUCUUGGCCUUUCAGGUAAAAUAAAAAAAUUGGUGGACACCGAGGACAAUCAAGUUGCUACAAAUGGCUCUGCUGAGGAAAAUGCUAAAAAAGAUUCUGCUGAAAUUGGUUCUGUUAGUGAUGUGAAUUGCUGUUCUGAAUUGCUGGAAGAGGAUAAGCCAGAGGAUGCUGAUGCAACUGAAGAUAUACGACCUGUCAAGAAGGCAAAAUCUUCAUGUGAUGAAUCUUAUGGCUCCACUGAAGUAAAUGCUGGUUAUGGUGUGCAUGGGAAGGAGGAUAUUAGCUCCAAACCAAAUGGAUCAAAAUCAGUUGAUAUUGCUGAUACUGUUACUGUAGAGUCUGAUAAAAUCCUAAAAUUACACCCACGUGAGAAAAAGCUCAUUGACUUCAGAGAAAAGCUUUAUCUUGCACCUCUGACUACUGUGGGGAAUCUACCUUUCCGAAGGGUUUGCAAAUUGCUUGGAGCUGAUGUGACAUGUGGCGAGAUGGCAAUGUGCACUAAUCUUUUGCAGGGGCAAGCUUCAGAAUGGGCACUACUGAGGCGUCAUUCGUCUGAGGACCUCUUUGGUGUUCAGAUUUGUGGAGCAUAUCCUGAUACAGUUUCAAGAACUGUUGAACUCAUAGAGCAGGAAUGCUCGGUGGAUUUUAUUGAUCUUAAUAUGGGAUGUCCCAUUGAUAUUGUUGUUAACAAGGGCGCUGGAUCCGCUCUUCUUACAAAACCAAUGCGAAUGAAGAGUGUCAUACAAGCAGCUUCUGGAACAGUUGAUACCCCAAUAACCAUCAAGGUGCGAACUGGCUAUUUUGAGGGCAGAAAUCGCAUUGAUUCUGUGAUUGAAGAUAUUGGAAAUUGGGGAGCAAGUGCAGUGACUAUACAUGGUCGUUCGCGUCAGCAACGUUACAGCAAGCUUGCUGAUUGGGAGUACAUAUACCAGUGUGCGCAAAAGGCCCCAGAUUCAUUGCAAGUCCUUGGAAAUGGGGAUGUGUUCUCCUAUUUAGACUGGAAUAAGCACAAGUUUGAUUGUCCUCAGCUUUCUGCUUGUAUGGUUGCUCGAGGAGCCCUAAUUAAGCCCUGGAUUUUUACUGAAAUAAAGGAACAGAGACAUUGGGAUAUUAGUUCUGCUGAACGUCUUGAUAUUUUCAAGGAUUAUGUGCAUUUUGGCCUUCAACACUGGGGAUCUGAUUCCAAAGGUGUGGAAACAACUAGGCAUUUCUUGUUGGAAUGGCUAAGUUACUCUUGUAGGUAUAUACCGGUUGGUCUCUUAGAUGUGAUCCCCCAAAAAAUUAACUGGCGGCCUCCCUCGUACUAUGGUCGGGAUGACUUGGAAACACUGAUGGCUUCUGAUUCAGCUGCAGAUUGGAUUAGAAUCUCUGAGAUGUUACUUGGCAAGGUCCCAGCUGGAUUUACGUUCUCACCGAAGCACAAGUCCAAUGCUUAUGACAGCGCUGAAAAUGGCUAAUAUUAGGUUCGAUCCACACAAGAUAAUAGCUAUUCCUUGUUCAAUGAGUGAAUAAUGGGAUAAUGCCAGGACAGCAAUCUGCUGCUCAAAAGCCGGAUGAAAUUUAUCCCUUGUAUUUUCUGCAAUGGACGGCUUCAUUGGGGAAAACGAGCCUUAAAUUUGUGCGAGUAACAUUUUUGUUCUACAAUUCAUUCUAAAGAUUUCCAGCGAUUCUGAAUUUGAGAAUUUGCAAAUGAGAUUGCACCGUCCAUGUAUUAAUCUUAUUUGAAGAAUUUCGUCGAGGUUUUGUAGCUCAAAUGCUGUCGAUACACUUCUCUUGUAUUAGCAAUCCGCCCCAUCAGCAUAUGAGAUUUAUACAGCAAAACACAACGUCGACAUC